AAGCUUUUAAGUAUUCCCUUAUUUUUCCUUAAUCAUUUUUUCUUUGUUAUCUCAUUUAUACCUUCUUCAUUAAAUUUAAGUGAAUUAAAAUAAAAUGUGAAUUGAAAUAAGCGAACUGAAUUAAAAUAAAAUGUGAACUGAAAUAUGCUAGCUGAAUUAAAUUGAAACAUGCGGCUGAAAUUAAACACUGAAUUAAAUAGGCACAAGCAUUAAAAAGGCGGCUGAAUUCAAUAAAUUUUCAUGGGAAAUUGGCGGCUGUUUACACCAAAAAAAAGGCGCCAUAAAUUUCCUUCAACACUCGAAAAGCACACAGCCAUUACUCCUAUAAAUGAGUUCAUUUACUCCUACACAACAUUCUACACUUCUAAACUAAAAGCUUCAUACAAAAAGGAAACACAGCAAAAUGCACUUGAGAGAUCUUGAAGAUGAUAAGAAGAUGAUGGUUGUCCAGUUUCUCCUUCAACACUCGAAAGAUGGCAUCCCCAAGUACGGCAAAAUGAAAGAAGCCGGCAUCAAAUUCAACUUAGGGCGCCGAACUGUCACUCGAUUGUGGGCUGAAGCAAAGAAACAAAAAGAUCAAGGUCAGCUUAUCAAUUUGACAUCAAAAAAAAGAUUCACACCACGUUUGAGGAAGCGAGUCCAGAUAGACAUAGCACAAAUUCAGGCUCUAGAGCUAUGUAGAAGAGGCACAAUCAGAAAAUUAGCAGUUGGCAUACAAGUUAGCAAGAGCACAGUGGGACGUUGGGUUCAUUUGGGCCUAAUCAGAGCGCAUACGAAUGCCAUAAAGCCUGAUCUCACUGCCCCUAAUAAGCUACUGAGGUUAAGGUUUUCUCUUGAAGCCUUAGAGUAUGAUAGGAUUGCAAAUAUUCUGAAAUUUAAGACAAUGCAUAAUGUAGUGCACGUAGAUGAGAAAUGGUUCUACAUGACAAAGGCAAAUAAUCGAUAUUACCUCACAAAAGAGGAGCCUGAACCUUACAGGAGCUGUAAGAGUAAAAAAUUCAUCACCAAGGUGAUGUUUUUGUGUGCAGUUUGCAGGCCACUCUUUGAUGAGAAUGGCAAUGUAUUGUUUGAUGGGAAAAUUGGUAUUUUCCCAUUCACACAAGUCAUUCCAGCCCAGAGAAGAAGCAAGAAUAGGAAUGCAGGAACACCAGAGACUAAACCAAUUCAAUCAAUCACUCAAGCAGUGAUGAGAGAGUGUUUCAUCAACCAGCUUAUUCCAGCUAUCAUGAACAAAUGGCCUCAAGGUGCAUCAAAGUUGAUCUUCAUUCAACAAGAUAAUGCAAAGCCACAUAUAAGUGAUUCAGAUAUAGAGUUCAGACAGGCUGCCUCUCAGAAUGGCCUUGAUAUUAGACUUGUUCAACAACCCCCCAACUCACCUGACACAAAUGUCAAUGACUUGGGGUGGUUUAGAGCAAUUCAAAGCAUUCAAGAGGAGUCAGUUUGCACCACAGUGGAUCAGUUAGUUAAUGCAGUAUGCAAAAGCUUCAUGGAUCUCAGUCCAAUAGCAUUGAACAAGGUUUUCUUAUCACUACAAGGCUGCAUGAUAGAAACAAUGAAGAUGAAGGGGCAUAAUGCUUACAAACUGCCCCAUAUGGGCAAAGAUGCUCUAAUAAGGCAGAAUGCCCUCCCUCUCACAUUGGAAGUGGACAAAGAUCUUGUCGAUCAGUGUAUUAUGCACAUGAUAGAGUCAGGGGAAGCAGAAAGCAUGCAGGACCUCAGUUUACAGUUGGGUUUUGGAAAUGAGGCUCACCACACAACAAUUCAAGCCUAGGAUGAAGAACAGGUGACUCUUUUUGUAAGCUUAAAUGCACAUGAAUGCACAUGAAAGUGAAAUCCUUUUUGUAUAGACAGAUGACUCUUUUUGUAAGCUAGAAUGCAGAUGAAUGCACAUUCAGUGAAAUCCUUUUUGUAUAGACAGAUGCAUCAUUUUAGAAAGUUUAGAAAUCCUUUUUGUAAGCUAGAAUGCAGAUGAAUGUGAUUGAAAGUUUAGAAAUCCUUUUUGUAAGCUAGAAUGCAGAUGAAUGUGAUUGAAAGUUUAGAAAUACUUUUUGUAAGCUAGAAUGCAGAUGAAUGUGAUUGAAAGUUUAGAAACAAUGCAUCAUUUUAUACACUUAAAGUUCAGAAUAUAGCAACCAUCAACCAUCACACACAAUCAGUGGUAAGCAAACAGGGGCAAUGACGAUCGGCGGCCUCAAAUUCAUCUAUUCAUACUCGAAUCACAGAUGAGUUCAGUUGGCCAAACUAAAUCCCACAAACACAAACACAAAAAUCAUCAUUUUAGGCAUUAACUCAAUCCCACAAACACUCUUGCCAACAGAUGCAACACAACCAAAUAGGCAUCACUGAUGCAACACAACAAAUAGGCAUCACAGAUGUAACAAUCCAGGAGUUCACCAAAUAGGCAUCACAGAUGCAACACAACAAAUAGGCAUCACAGAUGCAACAAUCCAGGGAUUCACCAAAUAGGCAUCACAGAUGCAACACAACAAAUAGGCAUCACAGAUGCAACAAUCCAGGGAUUCACCAAAUAGGCAUCACAGAUGCAACACAACCAAAUAGGCAUCACAGAUACCAUAGCAAGAAAAGGAAAGUCCUCACCCGUUUGAUAGAGGGAAAAUAGAUUUCAGUGAACCGAUCUACAAUCCUCUGGAACCGGUAGGGCGGAGACUCCGGCUUUUCCUCCAACUCAGGCGCCGCCACUUCAUCUUCGACAGCCACCACCGCAUCAGGUGGCUCGGACUCCGGGACGAAGGUCUCCGGUAGAUCCACAGGAACCGCCUUCCUCUUAGCCUGUCGAACCGCCUUCCUCCUAGCCUGUCGAUCCGCCUUCCUUUUACUCUCUCGAGGAAGACAUGGGAAGUAGCCACCAAGAUCUAUACGGGAGUCACAGCCAUCGGAAAAUUGCGAGUCGGAGACGUGACCACCGCUCAGAGACUCGGAAUCGACGAAUUCAACCAAGGAUUGGUUAAAUUCUGGACGGGACGAAGGGGGUUUUGGAGUACACAUCACGGCGGGGGAUCGAAGAGGUGGGUUGCGGUUGAUCGGUGGAGGAGCGGCGGCGGAGGUUGAAGAAGGGUCGGCGCCUUUUCGAUUCUAGGGUUUGAGUAGAGAGAGAAAUGAUGGAAUGAGCUCGAUGAAUGAGUUCAGUGAAUGGGCUGAUUGUUUAAAAAUGAGAAAUAAUUAGGAGUAUAUCUCCCUUAAUUAAGCCUCAAACUUACACUUACAUAAGCCCUAAUUCUUUCUAUUUUAAGACUGGGCCUAUUGGAGUGGGACGUCCCAAAAAGGAAACUGAGCCUAUUGGGCUGGGACGGAGGGAGUAU